UAACCUAUGGUCUGACCUGAAAACCCUUUUCAGUGGUUCCCGACGUCUCACUUCAGCCCUACGUGAAAUGUGUGUCCCUGUCUCCUCCAGCCAGAGUAAACAGAGGAGAAGGACUUUAGCCUCUCUGUCUGGAAGACACCCAGAUACACACCGGCUUCCUUUUUUACAAGAGGAAUGUCUCUGGAUGGAGCAGAUUGAUGGUUAACUAGCUAACCACUAACCGUUUUAUAGAUGCAGUAAUACACAGUAGCAUUAAGUCUCUCUAUGGUUAAUGUUUCCCUGGGUUUAUAAAUGAAAUCAGUUUUAUUUAUUUAUCUGUAAUGGAGUCAAUCAUUGUUUAUUUUUUUGGGGGGGGGGGUUACCUUUAUUCCAAGAGUGGACACAUUUUAAUUUCUCUUAUUUAACUUCUAGUCACCCAUAGCAGAUGAAUAUGCACGGUACUUUCUGUGGUUGUGGCGUUAGGUUCCAUGCCUGUGCACAGAGUUUGCCGUUUGGUCAGAAGGUGGGCAGAAACCACGCUUACUUCCUCAAUGUGAUCUGGGACAUGGCGGAGUACACCAACCAGCUCGUCAGACUCUGCAACAAAGGUCUGUCUCUAGGCUGUAAGGCUAUAACAGGGAGCCUUCAGUAUGAGGCAGUAGAACUGAUGUACUGUCUGGCCUUCCUGUUGGUUCUGUCCGUCAUCGCCCCUCUACAACGAUCUCCUCGCCCGCUACGCACACGUAAGAGGGAGCUGGAGAGGAAGCUGGAGGGUUUGAGAUGGGCACGAAUCAGACAAGCUGCCACACCCAAAAUACCUGAAGACUUAAGGCCUCUGGGCGUAGAGGAGAAUGUCACCUACUGUGACCCCUCGUCCUCUGCUCCUUGUCCUCUUAACCCUAUAGUGCAUCAAGAGGGGGUGCAGCAGGUGGGGGGGGGCUUGUACAGUCGGGUCAGAAUACUGUGUGGACAAUUUGUAAUUUGUCCCGGUGUCAAUAUUUUGGUUCGGUUGUAUACUAGCUCAUGUUUUGAUUCUGUUGUACUUUUUUAAAGCUGACAGAAGUUGUAGGUCAGUGAGUGAUAAGGAUGAAUCAUAAAGAGCUGUCUUUUUUUUAAAUG